CCCAGAAGCUGAGCGGGGCUAGUUAGCUGAUGACACAGACUGUAGUAAAUCAACUCAGGAUAACUUCACAUCACCUCACAAGGUCAGACAAACAACCACGAAACUGAACAUGACGUGUCAAACGAAGGAGAACAACCUGGAGUUAUAUUCAGACAUUAUAAACAGAUUAACUGGAGAUAAAUAAACACUAUAUUGCUAGCAAGUGUAGUUUAGCAGUGCUAGCUCGCUUUAGCUACAGCUGACAGAUGAGUUAGCGUUAGCUGGCUAAAUAUUACCUCACUGCUCUUCAGUGUUUCAGUUAUGAGUUCCCCACUCUACUGCGGUUAAUGUGAUAAAGAUAGUUAAUAAAUAAUUACGUGAUUCGCUUGAUGUGGACAGCGUGGGUGUGAGUGUGGACGUGGAGAAGACUCAGGACAUAGAUUCAAAUUAAGUUUGAGUAUCAUGGCUAAGCAAAGUGAUGACAGCCACACCUUCACUGGAAAUACUUGUCUUCAAUUUUCAGAAGGGGAACGUGACAGGUAAGUUCAGGAUCUACAUGGACUACAACGCUACUACUCCACUGGAACCUGAAGUGAUCCAGGCCAUUACUGAAGCCCUGCAUGAAGCCUGGGGAAACCCCAGCAGCAGCUAUAUUGCAGGUGCCAAGGCAAAAGCAAUCAUUAAUCAGUCCAGAGAAAAUGUGGCAAGAAUGGUCGGUGGAAAAGCAGAGGACAUCAUUUUUACUUCAGGUGGAACGGAGGCCAAUAAUCUGGUGCUCCACACUGCUGUAGAGCACUUCAAGAGAAACCGUGAGGCUGCAGAGGAACGUGAAGGGCGGCACAAUGGGCGCUCUGGUCUUCCUCACAUUAUCGCCUCCAACGUUGAACACGACUCCAUCAAACUAGUAGCAGAGCAUCUGCAGAGAGAGGGCAAGGCAGAUGUCACAUUUGUCCCUGUGUCUAAGACGACAGCUCGUGUGGAGGUGGAGGAUGUGGUUGCUGCCGUGCGUCCCAACACGUGUCUCAUCUCCAUCAUGCUGGCCAACAAUGAGACCGGGGUCGUCAUGCCAGUCCAGGACAUCUGCCAGAGAAUAAAAUCUCUGAACAAGCAUCCUGAGCGGCUGAGGAUCCUGCUCCACACUGAUGCUGCACAGGCUUUAGGGAAAAUCCAUGUUGAUGCCUGUGAACUGGGCGUGGAUUACCUCACCAUAGUGGGACACAAGUUCUACGCCCCUCGGAUCGGUGCUUUGUACGUCAGCGGCCCUGGAAUGAGAACGCCGCUGUAUCCUAUGCUGUUUGGAGGAGGACAGGAGAGAAACUUCAGACCAGGCACUGAAAACACACCGAUGAUUGCUGGUCUGGGAAAGGCUGCAGAACUGGUGACCUCUAAUCUGGCAGAUUAUGAGCGGCACAUGCGAAGCACCAAGGUUUACUUGGAAGAACGACUGCGGGCUGUUUUUAAAGACAGGAUCCAUUUCAACAGCCAUUACCCCGGUUCUGAAAUCCUCCCCAACACAUGUAACGUGUCCAUCCAGGGCCCGACAUUACAAGGCUGGAGGGUAUUGUCCAACUGUAGGAGGCUGCUGGCCAGUGUUGGCGCUGCCUGCCACUCAGACAGUGGAAACAGACCCUCUCACAUCCUCCUGAGCUGUGGCGUCCCAUCAGAAGUUGCAGCUAAUGCUUUGAGGCUGAGUGUGGGCAGAGGCACGACCAAGGAAGACGUGGACGCUGUCGUGGAGGAUCUGAGGGAAACCGUGCGGCUGCUGGAGGAAAUAAACUAAAAGUCUUCAUGUUAACAAGGUUUUCCUACUAAAGGAUCAAAAUGCACCAUGAGGUUUUAUUGUUACAUGUAAAAUAAAUCAAAUUUUUAAUAUAAAUAAUAAAAGAGAACUUGAAUUGA